AUGGCGGAGCUGCAGCAGCUCCGCGCGCAGGAGGCGGUGGACUCUAUGAUGAAGAGUCUGGAGAGAAACAACAUAUGGAAGAUGCAGGGCCUCAUGUACUGGUGCAGCGCUGGCUGUUGUGAGGACAGCCAGGCGUCCAUGCAGCAAGUGCACCGGUGCAUUGAGCGCUGCCAUGCACCUCUGGCUCAAGCCCGGGCCCUGGUGACCAGCGAGUUGGAGAAGUUCCAGGACAGCCUGGCCCGGUGCACUAUGCAUUGCAACGACAAUGCCAAAGAUUCAAUAGAUGCGGGGAGUAAAGAGCUUCAGGUGAAACGGCAGCUGGAGAGCUGUGUGACCACGUGUGUGGAUGACCACAUGAACCUCAUCCCAACCAUGACCAAGAAGAUGAAGGAGUCUCUCUCAUCCAUUGGGAAAUAG